CCGGGCCCCGCCCCCGGCGGGUCCGGCGGCCCCGGGGAGCGGUAACGGGGAGAGGCGACUCCGCUGUCACCCCGCGAUGGACGGGCCGGGGACACCGCCUCUCCCUCCUGCUGCCUCCUACGAAAAACAGCCUUAACUCGGGCCCAGAGCAACACGCUGCCAGUGCCGGGAUCUGUCUGCGCUGCUCCCUCUUCCAUUGGACUUCCAGCCCUUUUUCGAUUUAGGGACAAGCUGGGUGUGAUCGUCACGCACAGAGUGUGGUUUUGAUGGCUGCUAAUUCGACCUUUACUUCUACAGAGAGAUCCUAAGAAAUGAGAAGGAAAAGUCUGCUCGCAUAAUCGUUUUAAAAAGGGGAAGAGCAGUGUUGUGGGGUUGGGUAUUUUUUUCCCUUCUGUUUGGAUUUCUUUUGAAACUUACGAAAAAUGGCAACGGCAGCAUAUGUGGAUCAUUUUGCAGCAGAGUGCCUUGUUUCUAUGUCCAGUCGUGCUAUUGUCCAUAGUCCCAAAGGAGAGCCUGAUCCCCAACCUGAUGCAGCAAUACCUCCUUCAUCAAAUGGAGAAGAUAAGCGGGAAGUCAGAGAACCCGGGAAGGACAAUGGAUCAUCAUUACUUGUGGUAGCUAGCAUUUUAGCAGAUCUGAACCAGCAUGUCCCAAACUCACCUGCUCUAAGGAUGGAAAAAACUGAGACCUUUGGUGUCACAGAACAGAUACACAUGUCUAUUGCUCCUGAGGAGUUUGGGGAAGAAAGUGUGUCUUCGGCUGGUAAGCGUGGAGGAGGAAGAGCAGCCACACCUACUAGCCUGGCUGCAGUAACUGAGCCAAGCCCCAGACAAAAGAACAAACGCAUGAGAAGCUGGACUGACCCUGGAUCACCCCAGAAAAAGCACAAAUGCCACUAUGUGGGGUGUGAAAAAGUUUAUGGCAAAUCUUCCCAUCUUAAAGCUCAUCUAAGGACCCACACAGGUGAACGGCCUUUUGAAUGCAACUGGCAAGGAUGCAACAAGAAGUUUGCCCGCUCCGACGAGCUGGCCCGCCAUUACCGCACUCACACUGGAGAAAAGAAGUUCAGCUGUCCUCUCUGUGAGAAACGCUUCAUGCGCAGUGACCACCUGACGAAGCAUGCCCGUCGCCACGCCAAUUUCCACCCCAGCAUGCUCAAGAGGCGCAGUGGAAGCAGCUCCAGAACAGGGUCUGUCAGUGACUACAGCCGCUCAGAUGCCUCCAGUCCGACGAUGAGCCCCGCCAGCUCCCCAUAGACCUACCUGCACUGGAUGUCAGCACUUUGCUUCUAAUACCUAACGUGGAGUUUUCUUGUGUUGCACACAUUUAAAAAACUCUGCCGCUUCCCCUCUUCAGUUCCCCCCCUCCGUUUUUUUUAUUAAAAAAAUCAGUAAAUAGCUGCCUCCCACUGCAAUUUCCAGUCAAAUAUUCUUUACCCAACCACACAAGUGGCUAUUCUAACCUCAUGGACAGACUUACACUUUCCUCAUAGUGACUCCUGCUGUCUCAAUAAUUCAUACAUUUUGCAACAAUUUACAGACCCUCUUGAUUAUUCUUUAUAAGAAAAUGAGAAAAUCUAAAAAAAAAGAAAAGAAAAAACCCCAUCUAAUUCACCUCAGGUGUCAAACUAGUUUUGUAAGACCAGAUUGCACAACAUGAACAUAUGUACACUUACAAAUCAAAUGUGUUGGAUUGUGUCCCCCUUCUCCUUUCUCAGGGAUGGAUAUUUAUGUUACACAAUAAUUACAAUGAAGACACACCCUAACCGCAGCCUUACUCUGUAAAUAUAUUUGCACUCAGAAGCUUUUUGUUAGGUUCUUUCACACACUGGGGAAAAGUAAAAAACAAACAAACAAUACAAAAACCAAACCAGUACUGGAAUGAAGUACCAGACACUUCCACUGUUUGUUUUCCUGAUUACAUACCUACAUUGGGGAGCGUCCAAACAGGACUCUUGUCUUUCUUCAAGCUGCCCUCUGCUUUUGGUAGCAAGCUGUCAUUUCACUUCAUGCUGAAGAUGCUCCAAAACCAACAUCCUAUUGCAAAAAUCUCUGUGAGGUUGAUAAACUUGUUUGUUUGUUUCAUGCUAGAUAAAAUUAUGAGAAAAAAAAUUCUAAACAAGAUGCCUUAAGUAAAUAACCUAAAUCAUGAAGAAACAUUUACACUGGGUAACAUUUUAUGGCAAAGUGGCAUGGAAUCUCGGAGGCAUUCUGUUGUCGCUUUCUCCAAGUUGUUAAGCUCUGCACUGCCUGUUCAGUAUGGGACCAACAGAAUAUUCAAAUCAAACCACACUGACUUGAACAGUUUUCUUUAUUCCUUUUUUCUUUCUUUCUAUUUUUUUCUUUUUAAUGAACUAUGGAAAUACCGUAGCUGAACCAAUGCCCACCAAACCUUUAUCAAUGUACUUACCUACUGUACAGCUGUAUCUUAGCAAGAAAAUUGGCUAAGACAGUUUCUGUAUCCUAUUGCAUCACAAUCGUGGUUUCUGAUAAAUGGAAGCAAAAAUCAUAAGGUAUCUUCUGACUGGAAAAAUAAAAUACGCAUUUUUAAGUUUUAAAAUGAAAUUACAUUUUAGCUCAGCACUACUACAAGUUUAUCAAAAACACACAUACCAGCCUGAAGUAAGGUGCUCUUAUUUCUGAGUAACUCCUUAGCAACAAAAAGGGAAUCUUGGCUAGUUUUCAAUAACUUCUAAAUAUUUGACACUAGAUAGAGCACUAGGAGAUAGAUUUUUAUGUUUUCUAUGGUAGAAAAUACAGCAAAAGACCAGGUGCAUUGUGAUAUAUUGGAGACCUCAUUGGCAGCAAAUACAGUUUCCUUGGUUUGGCUGGGUCUGAUGGUGCAUAGUAUAAAUUCAGGUCCUUUUGAUUCUGGAUUUUUUUGGGUUUUCUUGUUUUUUACUGUAGGGUAUAAAUGCAGUUAAGUGUAGCAUGGUGAAAAGAAACUCUCUGCGAAACCAGCCAUUUGAUAGCAAGUGAAUGCCUCCACAUUCCAAAUGAACUUGUAUCUUACUUGCUGCUUUGCAUCGAUCCAAUUUUUCAAGUUUUUAUUGUACUGUAUAUUGUGAGAGGCUAAUAUAGAUUUCCAAGUAGUUUCAUGGGUACUUCCACAAUAUAUACAUUAUUCUUAAUACUAUGCAUUCUAUUAGUUGUGUGGAUAAAUACUUAAAGACAGUUCAAAGUGCAGAUAUUUCAGCAUUUUUUUCAUGUUCAUUUGCUUCAGUUUUCGUGUCUAUUAAAUCACCAUGCUCCCUUUUUGAAUUGAAGUCAUGCGAGGCACAAUUCUACUGUUUCAUUUCAGAGAAAAUGAAAAAACAUCAUAUGGGUUUUUAGCAAGACAACAAAUAUUGUUGAAUUUGUGUGAUAAGUUGCCUAACCACUGGGAGUUAGGGGAAAGCCAGAUCUCUUUGAUCUCUUUGCCUCCAUAGAUUUCUGCCUUUUUUUUUUUUAAAUCUCAUGUACUGAGAUACACAAUUUUAACAACUUGAUACAAUUCAGGUAACAGGAAUUCACAUUUCAAUCAUUUCAGUGACUGCUAAAAGUGCUCUUGUGCUGUAGUAAGUAAAGAGGCCUUUAAGUUAUCUAGCUAAAGGAAUUCUACAGGUCAGCUGUGUCAUGUGCACAUUCUUCUAAACAAGUUAUAAAUGCAUUUCUCAUUUCUACUUUAAUAGAGGGAUAAAGGGGGGAACAAAUCAAGAGGAAAACUAAGUUUCAGCAAAAAUCAUAGGCUUCAUGUUCUAAGCUCAGUUAGUUGUAGAAUCAUCUUUUCCAACAAGAACAUAAUUUAAUCUUUAGCAAAGGAUUCCAUUUGUUUAGGGCAUAAUAAUUCACGAUGAAUCAGUAGCUACAUUACAAACAAGUUGUUUUAAUGGCCUGGAGAAAGAAUAUUUGCACCAGGUUCUAUCAGUCCUGAGAUUAGGGAAUAUAAAGACUAUGGGACAUCUAUUCUGAAUUAAAUAAGUAUGUAAGCUUUAACAUAAAUAAGUAAACUAAGCAUUUAAUAUAUAUUCCUCAUAGAUAUCACUAAUAAUUCUCCAAGUUUAAGCAGAAAAAAAAUUGGUUCAAAUUCAAAUUUCAAGUUCAGCCAGUUAUCUCAUGAGUAGGUGAGGAGACAAUAUACAGUCAACAUAGCUACACUUUCAGGAAAUUCUCUGAAAUUUGUUGUUUAAACUUUUUUUUUUCUUUUUUUACAACCUAGCUGUAAAUACCUCAGUGUGUUAGGCUGACAGUCAAAUUACUGUGUUUUAAAAUCCUAACAAGAGUUUAAAAUAUCUCCAUUAAAUGUUCAAUACAUGAUAGCUUUAGGAUAGAACUCCAAACCACUAGUAUUUUCCAAAAUUGAAUGUGAACAAAACUUAUUUUAAUAUUUUCAUAUGAAAAGAGAGUGAGUGGGGAUUUCUGGCAUCUGCAAGAUGCUAGAAAAGAAGCAGAGCACCAGCAAGGUCAUAAGACUCCAUUCUCUUGUUGGUUCCUCCUGAAUUUUGCAGAUCUGAGAAGUCUGAGUAGCUCAAAUUAUAUUCUGAAAUCUGGGUGCCUAUCCAAGAUGUCCUCAGAUCUUUACCUUUUCCUUGUUUUACCCAGUGGUGUAACCGUUGGCGUAGCAACGAACACUGCACACUCGGGAACUACUGCUCUGGCAAGGUGCAGGUUUCUCCACAGCCCUCCAUUUGGAGGAGUGUCAGUCUCUCCUCCUGCCUCCUCCUUCCCUGUUGAGGUGAAUCCCCACAAACUACAAAAUUGCCCUAAUUUUCUUUUUUCUUUUCAUUUCAGAAUAUAAUAGCAGGUUUAUUAUUACUAAGACAGCCCUGAAAGUUUGUUUGUUUUUCUGCAGCCAUGAUUCUAGCUUCCUCUCCAGGAGCUGAGCUUAACUGCCUUGCUAUAGGAAACGGGUGCAAGUUAAAACCAUCACUUCACUGCCACCACUCAACUGAAACUAAGGACGCUCUUGGAAACUUCUUCCCUCUUGCCAUUAACCUCAUCCUGUGCAAAGGCCUGAGGUGCAUUAAUGGCCACAUGAAUUCAGUUUUCAUUCUGCUUCUUAGAAAGCAGUCCUGGUAAACUCCUGGCAGCUAGAUUUAAUUGUGAAAAUUGUAUCUGCAAAUAAGUUUUUCCUUGCUUUUAUAAUAUUUGCAUAGUAUCUGUUUACAUUACAUAACUGCAAAGAUAUAUAUAUUUAUAACAAGUCAUCAGAUGCCUUUGUUUGAUGGCAACACCAAAAUCCUGUAUUUAGCCUACCCUCUUUACUGCAUUAACCCUUGUGAUAACGUUUAGCUACAAGAAGGCUCUGUACACCUUUGAAACCUCCUGACCUACUCUCCAGACACAGCGCUUUCCCUGUUUCAUGCAGCCAGGCAGCAGAAGGAGCUUACCUGAGGAGCUUACCUGUUUCUAGCUAUUCACAUUCACAACUGCUUUUCUCCAGUUCUUUGUCAUGAGCUCUAGAAUUUGUGCUGUGUGAAGCGCGUUGUUAUUUGGGGAACAUGGUUUGUGAAGAAAGAAUAAGGAAAAUGAACUCUGCAUACUUAAAGCUUGCCUUUUCAUUGCCACUUGAUUUACUAAUUUCAUCAGGUGAUGCCUACAAACUGACUUUCAGGUGCUCGUUUACUCCAUCACACCAUCUGUUUGUGCAUUGGGUGCUAACAUAUAGUCUAUGUCAGUGAAUGGUAUGGUGAACGUCUGUAUUUUUAACUCUUUUGGGGAUAAAUCCAUAGCCUUAGGCAGAAUAAAAUAACUGAAUUAUACUUGUUUAUCCCAUAAGCCAGAAUAUAGAAUGCAAAAGCCCAUCCACUGGUAUAGGUUUUAUAUAUAUGUAUAUAUAUUUAUAUAUAUGGAUUUAUAGAAUCAUGUGCACAUAUAUAUAAAUACGUAUAUGUGUAUAUUGUAUAGUACUUGUGUAUAUACAUAAAUACACCCCAGUGUGUAUAUACUACACACUGAAUAAUGAAGGGAUGUCUACAGAGCAAAAAUAGGUAUCCAUUUCAUUGUAACUAGUGAUGGGUCUGAACCAAAAUGCAUUUGGAAAGUUUGAAAGUGUUUUUUGAGAUCAUUUGAGGUUGAGUUUCAUCUCUGGUUAUAGCUGCAGUUACUUGUGGAUAUAUGCAUCCUGGGGGACGUGUGUGUGUGCACACAUGUGCUUUUUCACAAGCGCUUGCCCGUGUGGGUGACAGAGGAUAUGUGUGCCAGUAAGUGUCUGCGUGUUUACAUAUAGACUUCCAGCUUUGGUGAACUAUAAUGUUACUGGUGUCAUCUUCACCUGUAGAGUUUUAUCAGCAGCACAUGAAUGCUUCCAUGGGUCACUUCUCAACUCUUUAAAUCACUACAUUGAAGUAUUACAGUUGUACAGUUAUAUGUUCAUCUAUUCUUGCUCUGCUGUAACUUUUUAUGUAUUUUGUACUGCAUAGAUUAUAUAUUGUGAUAAUGUCCUAUGCAACAACAAUAAAAAUGGGAAAAAAAAGGAAAAAGGAAGAAAAUUAACAACUGUAAAAUAUCGUCUUAACUUGUAUGCAUGGUUAGUGACGUUUACAUUUUCCAAAAUAAAACUUAUAACUAUGAAA